CUCCUCAAGCCCUAACCCCCACCCUCCACGCAUCCUUCCUGUGCUCCCUCGCGCUCGUCCUCCUCCGAGCCGGCCGCCUCUCCGCCGCCUCCCAAAUCGUCUCCUCAUUCCCCGCCUCCCCUCCCGCUAGCCUCCUCCGCCGCCUCAUCCCUGCCCUUGCCUCCUCGGGCCUCGCCGCCGCCGCAGUCCGCUUCCGCCCCCUUCCAGUUGACCCCCACACACUCAACUCGAUCAUCCUCUCCUACUGCAACCUCCGCUUGCUCCGCCCCGCACUGAGCCUCCUGCGUUCCUCCUCCACGCCCCAGUCUCAGGUUGCGGUUGAUACCGUUAGCUACAACAUAUUCCUCGCUGGCCUCUCCGAGCAGGGCCACGGGAAGAGAUGUGCAAGCGCGGCGUGCCCUUCGAUGGGGUCACCGUCAACACGGUGCUCGUGGGGUUGUGUAGGAGCGGCCUGGUGGAUGAAGCCGCGAGAUUGACCGAGAUGCUGGUCGGAGGCCGAGGAAUCGGCAGCUUAGAUGUGGUGGGAUGGAAUGCCCUCAUUGAUGGGUACUGUAAAGUCCAGGACAUGGCCGCAGCAUUGGCUGUGGCGGAGAGGAUGAGGAAACAAGGGGUGCCGCUUGAUGUCGUGAGGUACAAUAGCUUAGUUGCUGGGUUUUGCCACUCCGGCGAUGCUAGUGCUGCAUGGGACGUGGUGGAGGCAAUGAAGGCGGAUGGCGUGGAGCCGAAUGUGGUGACAUACACUGCGUUCAUUGGGGAGUAUUGUAAGCGCAAGGGGAUUGAGGAGGCAUUCAAUUUGUAUGAGGGAAUGGUGAGAUUGGGUGUGCUGCCGGAUGUGGUCACACUUAGUGCUCUUGUCGAUGGCCUCUGCAGGGAUGGCUGGUUCUCAGAAGCAUAUGCACUUUUCAGGGAGAUGGACAACAUUGGAGCUCCACCGAACCAUGUCACAUAUUGUACACUUAUCGAUUGAUUAGUGAAAGCGCGGAGGGUCAAGGAAUCUUUUGGUCUCUUGGGAGAGAUGGUUUCAAGGGGUGUGGUCAUUGAUCUGGUCAUGUAUACAGCUAUGAUGGACUGUUUAGGUAAGGAAGGGGAGAUUGAGGAAGUGAAGGACAUGCUUCAGCAUGCUCUAUUGGAUAAUCUCACCCCCAAUUGUGUUACUUACACUGUACUGAUCGAUGCACACUGCAGAACAGGCAAUGUCGACGGGGCAGAGCAGGUGCUGUUGCAAAUGGAGGAGAAAUCUGUUAGCCCAAAUGUUAUUACAUUCUCAUCAAUCCUCAAUGGUCUUGUUAAAAGAGGAUGCCUCAAUAAAGCAGCUGAUUAUAUGAGGAAGAUGAAGGACAGUGGGAUUGCUCCUAAUGUAUUUUGAGAUGGUGAGUAAAGGCUUUAUUCCCAAAGCAAGCACGUAUAAUUCACUCAUAAGUGAUUUUGCUAAAGCUGGAAUGAUGAACCAAGCUAAAGAGAUGUUCAAAGAAAUGAAAAGGAGAGGGGUUUUACAUACGUCCUCAACUUAUGAUAUCCUUUUGAAUGGAUGGUCAAAGCUUAGAAAUGGAACAGAGGUGAGAAAACUUUUCAAAGAUAUGAAAGAGAUAGGAUUUAGACCAUCUAAAGGCACUCUUAGUUUUGUAUCCAGAGCAUUUUCAAAGCCAGGGAUGACUUGGGAAGCUCGACGUUUACUGAAGACCCUUUUUAAAGAUUAGGAAAAGAUGAAGUGUCAAUAUAAUAUCUGCCCAGGAUAGAUGGUCUAAUGAACACGGUUCUCACCAUGACUACAGCUGUAGUCCGGGGUUCUAAUUAUUGCAGUGUCUUCC